AUGUCGUUCACACUGUCCAGAGACAAUUAUGCUUUUGAUGAUCCUUGUAGAAAGCCCACGCAAACGUCUACUUGUUCUUCCGAAGAUGGCAGCUCAAAUGAUCACAAAACAAACAAUUCUCAUGGUGACGUUGAUAUGUCAAAGCCAUUUUUCAAUCCGGCAGGUCUCAAUUGGUUUGUCACUGGUCUUUUCGUGGUUGGUGAUCUUGCUGGAGGAGGUAUUGUCGCUUUGCCCACCGCAAUCAUUCAAGCUGAAUUCUGGACUGGUCUGAUAGUAUGCAUGAUCCUUAUUGGAGUCGUCACCUACACCGCCUAUGUUCUUGGACUCAGUUGGAAUAUUCUCUUGAGCACAUGGCCCGAAUACAGACAUCAUUGCCGUAAACCAUAUCCAGAAAUCGGAGGAAGAGCCAUGGGACCGACUUGCCAACUGCUAGUUUCUAUUUGUAUUGAUGUAACACAGUUUGGAAUAUCUGUCGUGUAUCUUCUUCUGGCCUCGAAAAACAUUCAGAAUAUGAUCAUUGCAUUCUCCUCUGGUGGAAAUCUCUCUUUCUGUAUCCUGGUUCUCAUUGUUGCUGCAUGCCUUCUCCCACUAUGUUUCCUCAAAUCUCCACAGGAUUUUUGGUGGGCCGUUGUGAUUGCUAUGAUGACUACAUCUGCUGCUGUCAUUCUCAUUAUCGUUGGAUCCAUCAUUGACUAUGGUACUUGCCACGAAGCAGCUCAACUACCUCCGUUUAAAACCACAAACUUGUUCCUUUCAAUGGGAACUCUCCUUUUCUCGGUCGGUGGUCAUUCAGCCUUUCCAACAAUUCAACACGAUAUGAAACAGCCAAAGGAGUUCACUAGAUCUGUCAUUCUCGCUUUCACCAUUAUGGCAUUCAUGUACGUUCCUGUCUGCAUUAUGGGAUAUUUGGUUUAUGGAGACUCUCUUCGUGAUUCCAUCAUUCCAUCUAUUCAAACUGUUUGGAUUCAACAAGCCAUCAACAUUCUCAUCACUAUUCACUGUAUUCUUACUCUCACAAUUGUCUUCAAUCCAUUGAUGCAAGAAGUUGAGGAUAUCUUCCAUGUCCCACAGAAAUUCGGUAUCAAGCGUGUUUUCGUUCGUACUGGAAUCAUGAUUGCUGUUGUCUUUGUUGCGGAAUCUGUUCCAACGUUCGGACCACUUCUUGAUUUGGUCGGUGGAUCUACUCUUACGCUCACUUCUGUUAUUCUUCCAUGCCUUUUCUAUAUCUAUUUGAAUGCCUACAAAAGGAAAGAGGAGGCUACUGGAAAGCCGGGAACUGGACCAGUCGGAUGGAGAGACGUUUUCACUUACAACGAGAAGCCAACUCUUACAAUUUGCAUUAUUAUUAUCAUCAUUGGACUUAUUGGAGGAGGAUGUGCUACUUUCUCUGCUAUUGUUGAGUUGACGUCUACUCAGUUUGCUGUUCCUUGCUACGUGUCUGUAUUCCAAGCUAACCGAAUCAUUGUGGAUGGUCAUCCUAGAUUCAAAUGUCCAGUGUCUGCGUGUAACAGUGUGAUUCAUGAGAAUGACAUAAAUGCAGUUCUAGACGAAAAAGAGCCAGCUCUUGAGAAGUACAUGUCAAUUGUACACAGAAGAUAUUUACAACACAAACAGUACAAACACUCAAUUAUGGCAGCACUACCUUCUUCUGAUACCAAACGAUGUCCAUUGUGUCGAUCUGUAUACAUGCACGAGCCGGGAUGUAAUUAUGUGAUUUGUGCAAACUCAGCAUGUAACUCCGCUUUUUGCUGGCAAUGCGAAAAACCUGUUGGAAGAUCUUGUUCCCACUUUACCACAGCAUCUACUUGCCGUCUUGGAUACAAAGACUUUGAAAGAAUUUUCCGAUCAGUUCAGUUGGCACUCGAUGUGAAUUUUAUAAUUCUCUGGAUCCUGCUCCCUUUUGUCUACCUCAUCGCAUUUCUCUACAUUCCGAUCUCAAUAAUAUUUCUGGUGCCGGCCAGUUUAGCCUAUGACGCCUACCGUAAAGAACGAGAUAGCCACGACUUCCUAGUUCCUAUUGAUGUGAUUACCAUCAUAUUCCGGAUUGUCAUUGGAAUUGUAAUUGGAAUUGUUGUGAGCAUUCCAUUCGCUAUCGGAUCAAUCGUUUCUGGAUUUUUUAUUGUUUUCUUCUACAUGGGAUUUCUUUUUAUUCGCACGGUUCCGUGUGGUUUGUCUGGAGAUCGUGUUGGUACAAUUUUAUGUUUCAUGAGAUGGGCUGGGAGAAUAUUCAAAAUCGGUCCAUAUGGAAAGCUUUUGGAAGAAGCCAGACGAGAACGGAGAGAUGCAUUGGUAAAACUGGAGGCAAAUCAAGAUGACUUUGAAAAUGCAUUGAGUGAAUCGGAUGGAACUUCCGGAGAAGUGGAAUUAUCGUCAGCACCUCAACAAGGAACUUCUUCAGACUUCACAACGAAUUCGAAGACAUAUGAAAAAACUAGUAACACUGUGACAACAACUACAACAACAACAACAAAAACAACAACAACAAAAACAACAACAACAGAGCAGCCAACAACGAUUCGAAAAACAUAA